UCAUAAGUGUAAUCUCUGGUCCAAACAUAUCACGAGAGAGAUAUUUGAUCGUCAAGAUGGCUAAUUCCAAGCCAAUAAUACUGAUGAUCCCCAUUCUAUUCUUCUUCUUCUUCUUCGUUAGCUCAUCAGCCAUUAAUGCUACUCCAAAAAACAGUCCUACUACAGCUGAAACCAUAUGCAACUCUACUCCAUAUCCAUCUGACUGCAUAUCCAAUUUACCUCCACCUCAAAAACUUGGCAGCGUACGAGAUUUUUGUAUUCACUUUCUCCAUAAAUCCUUAACAACCACAGAGCAUUUCCUUUCACUUCUAAACACAUACCUAAACCGACGUCGUCCUGGUGGUCUUCUCACAACUCUACUGUCCCAACCUGUCAUUCGAGCCCUUCAAGAUUGUCACCUUCUCGCCGAGCUAAGCCUCGACACUUUAUCCAAAACAUACCAAACUCUCAACUUCACACACAGUCUAAACAGCUUGGAGUUAGCCGAAGAGUUUCAUACUUUUCUGAGCGCAGUUUUGACCAACACACAAACGUGUCUCGAAGGCCUUCAUGAGGUUGGAAACUCUCCACCGACCCUUACUAGAGUCCUCUCGAUCCCCCUCUCUGUUGGAACCAAGCUAUAUAGUAUAUCUCUAGCUCUUUUUAAGCACGGUUGGGUUGAUGAUGUUAAGUAUAAUCAACCAGCGAAGGCCAUAGUACGCGGCGGCCGCGGAAGAAGGCUGCCCCAGGUGGGUUUGGGAGGUGGCGUGGGCGGUGUUUUAGUGGGUGGCACUGUGGUGGUGAAUCAAAAUGGAACAGGCAACUUUAGUACCAUUAACGAGGCAGUGGCCGCCGCACCGAAUAGGACGGCUAAUAGUAACAUUACAUCCUACUUUGUAAUAUACGUGGCCGGUGGAGUUUACGAGGAGUAUGUUUCUAUACCAAGAAACAAACGCAAUUUGAUGUUAAUAGGGGAUGGUAUUGACCGGACUGUGAUUACUGGGAACAGAAGCGUAGUUGAUGGUUGGACCACAUAUAACUCGGCAACAUUUGCCGUAGCUGGCCAAGGAUUUGUGGCUAUAAACAUAACGUUCAGAAACACGGCGGGAGCUAUCAAGCACCAGGCGGUGGCAGUCCGAAACGGCGCAGACUUGUCCGCGUUUUACAGCUGCAGCUUCGAAGGGUACCAAGACACCUUAUACGCGCAUUCGCUCCGGCAAUUCUACCGAGACUGCGACAUUUACGGCACCAUUGAUUUCAUAUUCGGCAACGCCGCUGUUGUCUUGCAGAAUUGCAACAUUUAUCCGAGGCAGCCACUGCCGAGACAAUUCAACGCUAUUACUGCCCAAGGACGGAGCGACCCGAACCAGAACACGGGAACUUCGAUUCAGAAUUGCAAUAUAAGGGCUGCUCAAGACUUGUUCACGGCCAAUACUAAUACUAAUAGUAGCAUGAGAACUAGAACGUUCCUAGGGAGGCCGUGGAAGGAGUAUUCAACUACCGUGUUUAUGCAGUCAUACAUGGAUAACUUAAUUGACCCGGCUGGUUGGAGUGAAUGGUCCGGGAAUUUUUCGCUCAACACUCUGUAUUAUGCAGAGUUUAAUAAUACAGGGCCCGGAUCUAAUACCAGUAGUAGGGUUACAUGGCCAGGUUACCAUGUGCUAAGUACUUCGUUGGAUGUUGCUAACUUUACUUUGUCAAGUUUUAUUAUGGGAGAUUCUUGGUUGCCUACAACUGGGGUGCCUUACACCAAUGGAUUACUUUGAGUAAUUGAGUUUGCAGUGCUACUACUGCUAGUGUCUUUUUUUUUUUACUAAUGGUAUAUGUACUCAAAACUUACUAUAAAAUGAUAUGUUUUCUCAAAGAGACAUAUUAUGUAAGUAUAUAAUGGUGGAUUUAAAAUUUUGGUAUAAAUUUAAAGUGCAUACCAUUAUGGUUUUCUAUUUAA